AUGUAUUCACCAGAAAAAGACCCUGCUACGGCGGAGAAACUUAGCGUUCGGUAUGCGGAGAAGGAGUCUGAAGAUCCGCAAGUUGGCCCGAAACCUGGGGCCCCUGUCAUACCUGAUGGCGGAAUUCGAGCAUGGUUGGUCGUACUAGCUUCCUUUUGUGCGAUGUUUAAUACUUUCGGCUUUAUCAACGCUUGGGGUGUCUUCCAAGAGUAUUACCAGCAGACGUUGCUCAGCGACCGCCCACCGUCUACAAUGCAGUACGCAUUGGUCUUUAUGAUGGGCUUGCCCACCGGACGCUUGGUCGACGCAGGAUAUCUUCAACUUCCCGUACGCGUUGCGUGCGCUGCCCUCGUGACCGCUACCUUCCUUGUGGCCCAGUGUACGCAAUAUUGGCACUUCCUACUGUGCCAAGGCAUCUUCCUCGGGAUUGCGUGUGGAUUCACCAUGUCGCCCGGUAUAAGCGUGAUCCCUCAAUGGUUCAGGAGGAAGAAAGGUCUGGCGUAUGGCAUCCUGGGCAUGGGAGCCAGUUUCGGUGGUGUCAUGUACCCGAUUGUCGCGCGGAGGCUCAUCCCCGAGGUUGGGUUCCCCUGGGCAAUGCGCGCCAUUGGCUUCAUCCAGCUCGUCACACUCAUCCCGACGUUCCUGUUCAUGACACGGAGCUUCCCGCCGACGAGGAACCAGCCGAGCCUCACCUUCAAGCAUUUCAGGAUCCCCGCGUUCUCGCUGUACUGCGCAGCGGGCUUCGUGUCCUACCUUGGCUUCUACACCGUGUUGACGUACAUCGACGGCAGCUCCCUGGCCGCCAGGCAGCCCGACGACUUUUCCUUCUAUCUCGUCGCGAUAGCGAACGCGGGGUCGGCGGCGGGGCGUCUCUUUGGCGGGAUGUCUUCAGACCGGUUCGGCCCCUUCAACAUUCUGGCCUCAGGCACUUUUGCCACAGGCAUCUUGACCUACGCGUGGUCGUACGCAAAGAGCCAAGGCGCGCUGGUUGCUAUCGCCGUCAUCUACGGCUGCGCGUCCGGUGUGUAUGUCGGCGUGUUCGGGACGCCGCUCGUCGAUAUUGGCGACAUGCAGGAUUUCGGGCAGCGUAUGGGCUUCUUCCUCACGAUCAUGGCCUUCGGUGCCCUCGCGGGCCCGCCAAUCUCGGGCGCCAUCAACACGUCGACGGGCGGGUUCAACUUGGUGGGCGUGUAUGCCGGGUCCACCGUCAUGGCCGGCGUAGCAUUGAUGCUCGCGGCGCGGUAUUGCGUGCUUCGCCGUCUAUGGGGCAAGGCGUAG